CUGUAACAUAACAAAAUGUGGAAAAAGUGAUGUGCUGUGAAUACUUUCUGGAUGCACUGUACGCAAAAGAAGGUUAUGAAAAGCCAUUAACCAUUAAAAUUAACCUCAUAGUGGCAUGGUGGCUAGUACUACUUUAUUAUGUCGCCAGGACGCCGGGUUCAAAUCAUGGCAAAGUCACUGUGGAAUAUGCAGUUUUUGCCUAAAACCCCAAAGCCGUUGAGGUAGGGUUAACUGGUACAUUAUGAGGGAGAGAUGUCCCCGAGUGCGUGUGAUGGACUCGUUUCCAAUGCUGAUGAGAUACGUAACAACACUCUGCAAUCUUAAACAGGAUAAGGAAAUUUGAAGAUGGAUAGAUUUAUCAAAGCAGUUUUUUUUUCCGUUGAGGAAGUACAGUCCUUCAUAAACUAUUUUAAUUUCAAGUACAUGUUUUGCUUUUAUAGCCAGCAGAUUCUCACUGAAGCUUUACUCUCAAACGGACUCAUUCCUGCCCUGAACUUGAUGCUGCCUGGAACUGGCUCCAUGGCCAGCUUCAUAUGAUGCAAGAAGAUAAAAACUUAAAAAGUUCAUAAAAUAAAAAGAGCAGAGAUAUAAAUCAAAGAGUACCAUUUCAGCAAAAGCCUUUCAGCUCCAGAGUUUUGGGUUUGAGUCCCAGUCUGGUGUUUAUUUGUGAUGAAUUUACACACUCAUGUUGAGCUUUACUCCCACAUCCCAAAAGACUUGAGUUUUGGUUCAUUAGGAGUCCUAACCUGGCCCAGUAUGACAGUGCUUAUGAUGAGCUGGAAUUCCAUCUAGGAUGGGUCCCUGUCUUGCACCCAAUGGUGUCUGCAUCAGGCUCCAGCCUUCUGUCAUCCUGACAUAGACUAAAGUUAAAUAAAUGGAAAGGUGAAUGGACAUAUGAGUCCUAAAUUCAAUCUGAUAUACUAGAUCAACAGAAAACUGUCAAGAUACAACAAUUAAAACCAACCUGUGUUCACUGAAAACCUAUUUAAGAAAGCUUUUUUUAAUGGAGGGCUUGUUUUCAUUGGACACAUACAAGUUAAUCUUCUCAUUCAGUCUUCAGGUUGGCCCACCUUAAACAAUGUCCUGCUGUGUGCUGGUCUUACACAAUCUUGCUACUGAUUAUUUAUUUGUGCCUAUCAUGAAUUUUUAUAAUGUACUUAUACUGUAUGUACCUAUGUACAGUAAGUACUUUACAUCAUUCUGGGUUUAUGUAAUGAAGUGGAGUUCUCUAAAUGCUCCAAAGGUUCAUCUAAGCUCACUUACAUAAAAUGAUUUUAAGAUGUCAUGGCUUUUACUUAAGGACAACGUACUCACUGUGACCUCUGACUAACGCUGUGGGAGUAAUAGGAUAUACUGAAAUAAAUACGUACAUAAAUAAAUAAGUAUCUACUUCCCAUCAGGUACAUAAUGCUCAAUAAAAUGUAUUUUCUAAUUCUCUAUAUGCUUAAUCCUGUCUCUUCACACAUUUUUCAGCCCUUUGCAUUUUGCCAAGCUCCACACCUGAUGCACAAACAGAUCAGUCAUAUGAGGUUGCACAAAUCUCUUUUUUUCAUGUAUUUAAAGGCAACUGAUCAGGACUGUGGCAUCAGAGUUUAUGAGGAGAGACAAAGAAAGAGUUUGUCCUGGGUUAGCUGCAUCUUCUGGCAUUAUACUACGCACAUCUGACAAGAAUGGACUACUCAAAGUUCAUCUUACUUGUUGUUGUCCUUUCCUAUAUUGAGGAAUGUUUGUCUGACAAUUGUGUAGUGGACAGUUUCAAUGUAAAAGGUGACUUUGAUCCGAAAAGGUAUGCAGGCAAAUGGUAUGCCCUGGCAAAGAAGAGUCCGGAUGGGCUGUUCCUUCAGGACAAUAUUUCAGCCGAGUAUACUGUUGAUGAUGAUGGUACAAUGACUGCUUCCUCCAAAGGAAGAGUGAAACUUUUUGGAUUUUGGGUUGUCUGUGCAGAUAUGGCUGCUCAGUAUACAGUUCCUGACCCAACAACUCCAGCCAAGAUGUUUAUGAACUACCAGGGUUUAGCAAGCUACCUCUCCAGUGGAGGAGAUAACUAUUGGGUGAUCGACACAGACUAUGACAACUAUGCUAUUACAUAUGCCUGCCGCAGUGUCAAGGAAGAUGGGACAUGUGAAGAUGGUUAUUCUCUAAUCUUCUCCCGCAAUCCCCGUGGACUCACACCAGCCAUUCAGCGCCUUGUUCGCCAGAAACAAGAGGAAAUCUGUAUGGCUGGCCAGUUUGAGCCAGUGUUGCAGUCUGGGGCCUGCUGAGAUAGUUACUUCAUCACAUACAAAUGGGACACUUUGACAUGCUGGCAUGAGAAGUGGCAAUAUCAGAAUGAAAAAUAUUAAAAUAAUCACCAAGUACAGAUAAAAUUAUAUUUUUUCCCCAAAGAAUUCAAUGUCAAUUUA